AUGGGAAGACGUAAGAAGGCGUUGCAAGGCGUGUUGAAGCGUAGCGAGGCGGAGCAAGGCGUGCAGAUCUAUAAUCUCCAUCAAUUUCAAGAAUUCUCUUCAUCUUUUGACUGCAAGCUUACGCUUCAAUGCUUCAAGGCUUAUGCCUCGCGUAGCGCUACUGAAAAUGCCUCGCCUAUACGCCUCGCCUUUGAAAACAUUGGUUUUGAGGUGUUGCAUAACAUGCAACCUCAAAUAAAACGAGAAACAAAGGGAUAUGCUCUGUCAAGAGACAAAGGGAUUCCGUUUUCAUCCAGAUGGCAAAAAUUGCACCCAAAACACAAAGUUCCUUCCGAUGCAGUUUGGCUCUGUGCAGCCAUCAGCAUUCUCCUUGGACUUCCAGUCCUGAAAGUUAAUGUAGUCUUCACUGCAAUAACUUCCAUAUGCACAAUUGGAUGGGUAGGAGGAUAUGCAGUUCCAAUCUUUGCAAGAAUGGUAAUGGCCAAGAAGAACUUCAAACCCGGGCCAUUUUAUUUGGGGAAAGCAAGAAGGCCAAUUUGCUUUGUUGCCUUCCUGUGGAUUUGUUAUACCUGUUCAGUCUUCCUCCUCCCCACUUGCUACACGAUUAGUUGGGAUACAUUCAAUUAUGCACCUGUUGCUUUGAGUGUAGGUUUGGGUCUGAUAAUGCUUUGGUGGGUGUUGGAUGCAAGGAAAUGA